AUGAUACAAGGGAGAAAGAGUCAUUCAACAAAGGAGAAUGAAAUGGAAAAUAAAGAUAAUACCACCACCAAUGACAAUAACAAAAACAACAACACCGUUAAGAACACCAAUAAUACUAAUAAUAAUAAACAUAAUGGUGGUCAUUCACAACAUUCAUUUUCAAGAAAAUUAAAUAUAUUCAAUAAAGGUCAACAACCACCUCCUCAUCGUUUACCACCUCCUAAACCAAUUAAGCAUCGUAAUGAUAAGAGUAAUAAAAUUGAGAAACAGAACAAAACAACCGAUAAUAAUAAUAAUAAUAAUAAUGGUAAUAAUUUACUGAAAAAAAGAUCAUGGUUAUUUGGUGGUGGUAAAAAGGAAUCAAACAUACCACCAGCAGCUACUACAUCUGUUGUAACUUCAAUAAUGAAAUCUCCAGAAAAUUCACAAAAUUAUAAUGAUUCACCAACGGAUGAUUCAUAUACUAAUCAACAACGUCAACAUCAACACCAUCAUCAUAGAUAUCCUCAUUUUAAUCAUUUACAAUUAACACACAUGGGAACAAAUAUACCAAGAUCAAAAAGUUGGUUUUUAAAAAAUCAUAAUAGGUCACCAUCAUUAUUACUAAAUUCUGCUGCAUCAAGUGAAAGUGAAGAUCAAUUGGAUUUACUAUCAACAGAAAGUACAGAACAAAAUGUAAAUACUUUAACAAAUUUAAUAACUCGAUUAGAAGAAGAUGAUAGUAUUCCAAUUGUAUUUAGUCAAUAUUCAGGAGAACCAGUUUUUAAAAGAAAUAUAGCCACCCCCACCAUUUUUAAGACUCAAGUUUCAAAAUUUCAUAAAUUUGAUAAAUUUGACGAAAGUUCAUAUAAUUUAUGGAAUGUUUGGACAAUAGAUGAAACAACAAAUCAAAAAAAAAUUGAAAGAUUAAUUGAAUGUAGAUCAGAUUUUAUUGAAUUUUUUAAAAAUUUUAACUUAAAAGAAGUGUUUAUAAUGAAAAGUAAUUUAGUUCCAAAUAUUUUACAAUUUAAAAAUGGUUAUUUGGUUAAAUUAAAAUUAUUACAUGGUAAAACUUUAACAAAUACAGAAUUGGGAUUAAAUUUAUUUAUGAAAUGUUGUAAAUAUUCCAUUUUGAAUAAUGUACCAAAUAAUGCAAUUAAAAUUAAUGUAUGUGGUUUUACUUAUCAACAAAAGAGACAAUUGACACAAAUUGUCUUGUGGAUUCAUCCAAUUUUAAAUAUGUCUUUUGAUAUUGCUAAUCAAGUUGAAUUGUUGAUUAAAUCUUUUAAUUUUGGUCAUAAUUUAAACAAGAUUACUUUGGUUGAUAUAAAUAAUAAUUCUAAAACUGUCAUUAGUGUUGAUUUGGUUGGUUAG